AUGCGACGGGCUGGGGUCCUGAUUGGCCUGGUCUUGUUGCCCGUCUUCUUGGCCUGUGAUAGCGACGACGAAUGCUCAAUUGGCCAGUACUGCGAGAAGCAAGCUGUCAAUUCCUUUUGCAAUGAAUGUGCUGAAGGCUGUGCCGUCUGCUCUGACGAGGUCACCUGCGAUGCUUGUAUUAAUUAUCCGACUGCAGAACGGUAUCCAACACGCGUGGGUAGCGACACGCGCUUUAGCUCCAGCAGCGUCCCGGACUGGUACUUUUUGACGACGUCUGAUUCCUGCUUGAAAGAUUGUCGCGAGUACCAAACUGGUGCUUACUACAAUAAUUGGGACAAUGGCAAAUGUGAGGCCCUAACUAAUUGCCAAGACUUGAACAAAGUUACGAUUAAGAAUUCCUCCAUGAGCAGCGACCGCGAGUGCGGAGAUGCAAGUGAUCUGGACAACGAUGACGAUGAAACCGGCACAAACAAGCAGGAUAAAUCAACAGGCGACCAGCCAAAGAUUUUUGCCGCCACAAACCCGGGCCAUCAGGCACCGUCUAGCGUCGUGGCCAACCCGGCCUACAACGAGCACAUGAUGUCGUCUCAAAGUGGGCAAUAUACUCAUAUCAGCGGCCGACGCAGCACUUUGAGCAAGGGUGACGGGUACAAUCACAUUGAGGGAGCGUCAUCUCGUGGCUCGGGCCAGGAUAACUUCAUGCGCACCAACGUGGCUUACGUGGGAGUGGGCUCCGAGGCCACCGCUCCAUUUCGCUCACAGCCAACUGCGAACCCCGGUUACGAUGCUACCUUGCCCACCAACGCCUAUUCAGAAAUUGCUGCUGGCAUGCCGGGCAACGCAUACUCUGAAGUCGGCGGGGCACAGCAAACGGACGGCUACGUGGACAUGGCAGACGCGAACCAACCCGGUCGCCAGAGUACAGGCGGCUAUCUACCCAUGACUGGCGCUGGCGCUGGCGCCACACAGAGGUCCGGCAGCGCGCAAGAUAAUGUGGUCGAUGGCGAUGAUUAUCUCGAUGUAUCGGAAGACAUUGACCACCACGAAGCCCCUCCGCGAAGUGUUCAUUUGAAUAAUGCUUAUUCGGGCGGUGGGCGAAUCCAAGACUCGGCUUAUGCACGUGCACAGAAACAGCACAGUACUUCAGGCGAUCAAGGUCAAGCCUUUGGCCCAGUCGAUGGCGGUCAAUACUUCACCACUUCGGGUGCAGACGGUGCCGACGGGCAUUAUUUAGAAGCCGGUCCAGCUGGUAUGCAUAGCCAAGGGUCCCGUCGGGCUGGUGAUGAUGGCCAGUACUUUGAGACCGCCGGUGCAGUUGAAUUUGGCCAGUACUUCGACACGGCAGGCACGGGUGAUGACGAGGGGGGCGACUACAUUGAUGCCGGGCGGGACCUACGAAUGGAUUCGGUUUCUCAGCCCAUGCUGUCCAAGACCGUCAAGGCCCAAAACGCGGGAGCCGUUGAAUCGGAUGGCUACUUUGACACAGCACCAGCACCGUCGGCAGGGGCUGUGGAAUCGGAUGGCUACUUUGAUACAGCGCCGGCACCUCGGGGCCCAACUUAUCAAGAAGCUAGGUCCCGGCAGGGGCCCGAGCUUGCCGACGGGUUCUACCAAGACGUUGUGCCUGGUUCACAAGAGACAGCCGGCUACUUUGAUACAGCUCCGGCCCCAGCCGAGGAGUCGGAUGGCUACUUUGAUGCCAAGCCUGCGCCAUCCGCAGGCGAGGAGUCGGAUGGCUACUUUGAUGCCAAGCCUGCGCCUUCCGCUGGCGAGGAGUCGGAUGGCUACUUUGAUGCCAAGCCUGCGCCUUCCGCUGGCGAGGAGUCGGAUGGCUACUUUGAUGCCAAGCCGCACCAAGCAGCAGCCGCACCGUCCUCACAUUCCGGUCCACACGACAUCAUGGGCGAUUUUGUGCAUCCUCCAAGGUUUUACCAGGCCUACACAUCGGCCAAAGUUCUCAUUGCCAAACCGCUCGUUGCUCGUGAAGAUGAACAUGACUGGCCAAAGCCUCCCGAACCGCCGGCCGAUGGCCGGGCCAUUAUUUUCGGACAGGUUGUCCAGCUGGGUGCUUCGGCGUUGGCAUCACUAGAGGAGCAGGGCAUCAAGCGGCUUUACAGCGAAGAUGCUACUCUCGAUCAUGCUCGUGAGCUAAGGACGCUAGUCACCACGCUGGCCAAGGCCUUUUUAGCCCUUCUUGACGAACUGCAGAGCAACGAUCACGACAUUGCCCGACGAAACGAGCUGCUUGACCAGCUCCGCCUGACCUUCAUCAACCAGCAUCAUCUUCUCAACUGCUUUCGGCCUCACCAAGCACAAGAGACGGUCAAGGCCAUGCUUCGAGUCCAGGCCGAACAGAAGCAAGCUCUAGCAGCUGAGCUGCAACGCCGAGCUCUACCCACUACCGCCAUCAUGAAGAUUGCCAUCAUUGCUGCCGCAUUGGCUUUGACCAUGUUGGCCUCGGCCCAGGAGAAGGUGGACUAUGAGUUUACGAUGCAGUUCAAGGGCUCAUGCACUCAAGUUGGUGGCCCUUCAAAAUUGACUUGCACCAGCAAGGCCCCAUCCCAGGACUUGGCCGCCUACAUUUCCCAAUCGGACGCUGUCUCCUUCACGGUGACACCACUCAUCGGAUCUUAUGCCCUCAUCUCAUCAGACAUCGUGAUCAACGACGACAACACCUUCACUGAGAAGGGCAACAUCUCUUUCGGAAUUCACCAGUCCACCUUCCACACUCUGUACUUCUCGACCUUCUCGAACUCUGGCCGCAUUGGCACCUAUGAUGAAAUGGGCGACAGCAUGGCGUUUACCUCCACGGCCGAUAUUACUGGCGGGUCUGGCAACUUUCAGGGCGCGGCCGGUAUGAUCAGCUACCUUGGCUACUCGACCUCAGACUUUGCUAGCUUUACUCAAUACGUCAACCUCGUUUCGUCGAAGGGACUCAAUACUACUGCUCACUAAAUCAAGCUACAAAAGUCAAACUUGAUUUGUGCGCUCCCUGAGUCAUAAUUUGGGCCUUUUUUUUCAAAAAAAAAGCUGCAUGGCAAUGGCCGCCUCUCGUUCUUCGUGCCUUCGUACAAUGUCAUUCGGAGCUGAUGUGUUUGUUAUGUGCCGUCAAGGCGUUCUUCUUCCUUCUCUCUUAAACAAGCAAGAAUAAAACUGAGUUGAUUCAUCAAAUUUU